CACUACGGAAGUGACGUCAUGUUGUUAUUAUUCCAGGAAGAGGGCACGGGGAAAGCACUGAACUGCGUCAACGUUUGUUUUAUCAAAACUUACGGAUUUCGGCUGUAAUUCAACAUGUCAUCUGGGUAUGUUUGGUAUAUAUUUCAUAAAGGCCUCUUAUAAAAUAACUGUUGUUUGUAAUUUGGUCGUUCGCUUUGUUUUCGAGGCUCUCUCGAGACAGCGAAUCCAACUGUUUACGUUGGCUAACCUUGUCCUCUAGUUGAUAGCAAAGCUCGCUGGUUAGCUGCUCUACUUUUCGAUUAGAGCACACCAAAAGCUGUGUGUUUGAAGUUUUGAAACAAAUGUCUGGGUUGGUGAUUAUUGCGUUUGAUUUUUACAGACGGCUAUUUGUGUAAAAGUAAACGCGUUUGUGAAGUAUGUAAGUAACGUUAGCCAGCUAGCUAGUUGCACAGCUAACUCAGCAAGAUAUGAUCACAGUUUCCCCCUUAGGCCUCGCUUUGCACCGUGCUGCUGAUCGAUGUUAUUUCAACCAUGAGAGUGGACUUACUUUAUAUACAUGUCGAGAUGAGUUGUCAUGAUCUUUAAAUGAAAAGAUCGUCACCUGAGUAACUAUUCUGACUGUCACAGGCCUGAUCACGUCCGACAACAUUAUAUCAGCUGAGGCCUAAAAAGAAAAGUCACUCUUUUCAUUGUAAUUGUUGGAGUAAAACUGAAACCUUAUACUGAGUUAACUAGUGGAGUCUGCUGGUGUGGCACUAUUUUGGUAUUAUAGUAUAGAUGUUCAGUAGUUCACCACAAACACGCCCAAAAUGCUUUAUCAAUACCCUCUAACAUUAUAAACAUUAUGAUCACCUGGGCAGCCCCGCACAAUGCAGUGCAACCCAGUGCAACUUAUUUACCAUAAACUUUACUUUACCAAGCUUUAACAUUUUCUGUUAUUAUUGAUAUGGUUGAAAGGCUGAGAACUGAUCUUUGAGGGAGUUGUUUAAGUUGUAGUGGGUGUGGGUGGUGUACUGGAGUGUGCUAUAUUAAAAAGUGCUCCUAAUAUUUUGCUCACUUAUGUUUGGUAGUGUAGUGGUCAAAACAUAAGAAAGACCUUUCAAAAUAAUGCAUUCCAGUACACCGUAACCACCCACGGACUGUGUCAACAAAAGCUGAAAAUGUAGACGCUUUUUGAAAGUUCAUUUUGGUAGAGCUGUUUUUUUUAGGUUACAUGCCACUGUUCUGGUUUGCUCAAAUGUUGUUAUGUUCAGUGUAUGUACAGUACAGGCCAAAAGUUUGGACACACCUUCUCAUUCAAUGCAUUUUUCUUUAUUCUCAUUACUAUCUAAAUUAUAGAUUCUCAGUGAAGGCAUCAAAAUAUGUCUUAUAUUUUAGAUUCCUCAAAGUAACCACCCUUUGCUUUUUUGAUAGCACUGCAAACUUUUGCUGUUCUCUCAAUGAGCUUCAUGAGGUAGUCACCUGAAAUGGUUUUUACUUCAAAGGUGUACGUGUUCAUUCAUAGUUUUGAUGCCUUCAGUGAUAAUCUACAAUGUAAAUAGUCAUAUAAAAAAUAAAGAAAAGACAUUGAAUGAAAAGGUGUGUCCAAACUUUUGGCCUGUACUGUAAAGUGUCUUUUGAACCUUCCUUGACUGCAACUAUAAAAAUAUUUUUUUACUAUCCUUAUCAUGCAUCAUAGGAGCUUCUUUUCUUCAAAGGUCAAUAUCUCUUCAUCCACAGGAUGGGUGUGCAGCGGAUUGUCUUUAUCAUAGACUCUGGUCUAGAACCUCACUGCCAGAUACCUUUAAAUAUUCCAGUUUAUAUGCACUGUACCUCAAAAGUAUUUUUAGUAUUGAAUGAGUUUCUGUUGGAAAAAAUUGCCUCGCUGACUUAUCUUUUUGCAAACAAUGAAACCCCACUUGUUUAUUUGCUGUAUUUUUAACAGUCUCUAAUAAUAUUUGUUUCCUAUUUCUUCCUGUACAGCCACUGAUGAGUGAUUUAUGGCACUAAUCCUGGAGGGGAAUUUAUUGAGCAACAACAUGGACACAUCAAACUUUGCCCACGUCAUCUUUCAGAACGUCGGGAAGAGUUACCUGCCCCAUGCCGCACUGGAAUGUCACUACACCCUCACACAGUUCAUCAAACCCCAUCCAAAAGACUGGGUCGGCAUAUUCAAGGUAAAAAUAACACACCGCAAUGCAUAAUGAAGCCUUUAUAGAAAAUACCAGGUAUGAGAGGAAUUUUGUGUUUUAGGUUUCUUGCUAGGGGGUCACAAAAUUUUCAUUGAUCAUGAUUAUUAACUUUGAUUAAUAAAUCUUUGACACAGCAAUGAUACUGGCAAAAGCCUCUUAAUCUGCAGGUUUUUAACUUUCAGAUACAGGACACAUAGAUUUUGUUCUAACUUUGUACCGCUAUGAGUGAUCAAAGCAGCCCAGUCCAGUGUCCUCUCAAAUAGAGGACAUUGAAAUUAGCUUAACUAUUGUUAGCAACAGCUCAGCUCCCUGCUCGACAGCAGCACAACUUCAUCAUUAUUGAACCACAUAUAAGGUAUGCAGCUAAACAAAACUUAUGCUCUUUUGGGUCAGGUACUAAAAGAGUAAAUAAACAAGAAACAGAUUAAAGUUAAUAACAAGUAGUCCAGAUAAACAACUAAGAGAUAACAGUUAAUAACGAGUGGUGCAAUCAAAUGAUAAAGUAUUGUCCUCAGAGUGCCCCUAGAAACUAUCUGGUGUUUUCAGACAGCCAACAUAAGUAUACCUUUCACCUGGCACAUUAAUUACGUAAAAAACCAAAGUAUCAGGUGCUCUUCAGGAGGACAAAUAAUGUCUAUUAAAACAUGAGAGCAGUGACUUGCCUGUCAGAUGUCAAUAAAAGUCCAUGGUGCAGGUGGCAAUCAAAGCUCGAGGUCUGAGGCCCUCUGAUGAAGUUAAAAGUUCUUUAUUGUGUUGGGAUAGUGUCGACGUGUUUCCACUUACCAGUCUUUGUCAGGACAUAAUGAGCAAAUUCGAAACACCUGUUUAAGUGCAAAAGGUAAGUCAUGUGACAUCAUACAUGACAACAAGUCACCACCAACAGUAGGAGCAAAUAAACACCCAAACACCAUACCAUGUAUUAAAAAAAGGCCUGCAUAAGUGUCACAAAUCCAACUAUCCAGAAACACUUUAAAGAUUGUUAAAGCAGAGUAAAGCAAGGGCUCUUGACUUGAGUGCCUAAGUCCAGCAUAGUAUUAUUAAAAAAACAAAAGAGGAAAAGCUAUGGUGAUGAUAAGCCCAUGACCAAGGAGAACUGGGAUCUAAAACAACAUCAGUUCAAAUUACUGUAGGGUAUAUCAUCAAGAAAGCAUUCUAUCAACAACUAUUAUUGGGACAUGCAGCAAAAAAAUCAGCAUGACUGACCAGUAAAUGGUUCAGGCUUCAUAAAGGUUUACAACCUGGCACAUUAACUAUUCAUAAUAAAAAGCAUUGGCCAUAUUGAGUACAGAGAAAAAAACAUAAUCUCUUACCAUCUCCCAACCACCUCUUUUCUGAUGAAGGCAGUUGUGGUUGCAGAAGUUUGAUAGAGUCUUUCUAAUGAUUACAGCAAGCUGUGCAUAUUAAAUCUGAAUGUCAGUCCAUAGCGAACUGUGUUGUACACUAAAGAAGCAAACCUUACAGCUUGCUUAGGUCUUCAUAGUUAUGCCACUGAACAUGAAGUAUUUUUUAAAUCCAGGAUUUUGAAUCAGAAUUGUUGAGAUUUAUUUAAAAUGCAGGGCAAGUAUUACAUGAGCUGUGAAGGUAAACUGAGUGUUACAGAGCAGUCAUUGUGAAGUUUUUGUUUGUUAGUGUUUUUUUAUGAGGAAAAUAAGUUUGAUAGAGAUUGAUGAAUUUUUACCCACACCACAAGUGUCCCACAUGGAUCUUGUUAUAGUAGGACUUCAAAUCUUGUACAAUGGCAGAAAUUUAAUUUGGCUUCAUUUGUAGUGAAUUAAAGAAAUAAAUAGAAAACAGAAGCAAAUGUAUCAAAGCUUUUCUAGACCAACAAGAUAUCAAUCUGCCACAGAUGUAACAGAAACAAGGACUUAAACAGUUAAAAAGUUGAACUAAAAGAUCCCUGUUUGUGUUAUACUGUAAACCUAUUCUUGCAGGAAGCAUGUUAUAUCGUCUGGUUGUGAACCCAUUCAUUUUUUGUAUACCAUUGAGAAAAGCCUCAUAUUUAUUCUGUGUCAAAGACAAAACUGUGCAAGAAAUUGCCAGAGUUGGGAAGUGAAUAUAGGGUGAGGUAUUUACCCCACUCAGAAAUGAGGUCAUGUAAGGCAACUGGGGGGUGGAUCGAGUAAUGCCCACGGGCCAUAAAAUCCUGGAUCCAGCACCACGUUGGAGCUGGAUGCCACAUCACAUUUUUGUAGCCUCAAGGUAGGCACCAACUGGCAGUGUAGAUCUUAAAAUCACUAAUUUGUUGAGCCUCUAAAACAGAGCUGAGUUGGAAAUGGCUGAGUCCGGGACUGUAAAUUGUGUGAAUGUUCCUGGCAGUGCUGACGGAUGAGAAGUUUGCUGCCAAGGUCUUACGAUCAUAUGGAUAGAAGGACCUAGACAGAUGUGCAUCAGUGUUAGCUCCUUAGUCAACUUUGGCGAAGGGCCCAGUGGAUGAUGUGUGCGACAGUCUGUUAGCGUGCCUAAAAAAACAGCACUUUGAAUCACAAUGACAAAAACACGGAAAAUGUUGACGGAAUCAUGCUCCUAUUUUCAUUUAAUGCGUUCACAUGUCAACACCAACUUGAAUUAAAGACUUGUACUCGUCGAGAUAAACAAGCACUAAAAACGCUACUGAUAACAAAGAGAUGGGAGGUAGGUCCCUGUUUACACUUGGUACACUUUUAUCCAAGAACGCUGACGAUGCAGCGUGGUGUCACAUUAGUUGUUCUGGACGUCAUGAAGGAAUGCUGUUGGGACAGAUUGUCAGAAAGGCAGGGAGAAAGUACACGCAGCUUUAUAAUUAACCUGUCUCUGUGCUCAUCUCGUCUGCAUGAUUCAUGAAUAGCUCUUCUGAAUUUAAAGAGUGUGAGUGACACAAAGACAAUAUGUUACCACCCGGGGCAGCAUAGCCACUUGCAGAAUGUUGGGUUCUGCAAGUAUGCUGGGAGAAUUUGAAGUUUAAGCAAACUUUAAAGUCAUCUUGCGUCAGUAGACACAGGGGUCACAUUUUUCUGAAUUAGUGUGUGUGUUUUCGCAGAGAAGUUUUCCCAUUCAAGGUUAUCGUCAAGGUCUUUAAAUGUAUUAAAAUCAACAGAGAAAUAGGAUUUUAAAAAAUGGGAGCAUAGUAAACUAGCUGUAAUCCUGCUUUUAAGAAGAAUUAACAAGGUUAAAAAAUGUCUCAAAAGCUAUGAUGUCAAAUGUGGGCAGUACAUAUUUAAAAGUUUGUCCUAUUUUUGGAGAUAACUGUUUCUCCCUUUAACCCAGGCCAGUCCAGUUCUUUAGGGAAGCUCUACACAGUCUCUACCUCCUCUCUUCAAAUUCCUACAAACUCCAGACUGUUGUAAGUGAAAGAGUUCCUCUCAGAGUUUUCACCCACCACCACCUCCACUCCUCUAAUGAAUGGACUGGUAAAGGCUAGCCUUCAGUAACGACACCCACUAACUAGGUGCAUGCUUUAAUGGCUUCCUGCUCUUUACUGCUGGAAGCUGGAACUGCCCUGGUAACAAUUGGGGGUUUUGGAGCACCAAGGCCCUCUAUCUCUGGCUCUCAUGAACACUUGCAGUGUUGUAGCUGUAGGGUGUUAGCACACAGGUGAGAAAAUGAAUCGCCUAGAUAGUGUAAAAGACCCUGUCUACAUCAAAAGCUAUCAGUGUUGCAACCAAACUCACCUUAUGAAUAUUUUAGAAUAAUUUUGGGAAAAGACUUUCGAAUCAGCAUGACACUAUUUGAUUUACAGUCUGUGGCAGAAGCUGAUGUAAUACGCUGGUUCCGCUGGUCUUGUUGUGGUUGUACGCGUUUGCCUGAGCGUGCACACGGAGAGCCAGCCAGCUCAAUGUGACUCUGAUUUUGUUUGACAGUUUUAUGGCACCAGGCUGAAGUUAUGGAUGUAUUUUCUGUACUCCCCUUCAUUGGCCAUCAGUUAACAACACAUAAAAAACGUAUAAUUACAUUUUGGUUUUCAUUCUCAGGUCACCUAUGUAUAAAAUUUUCACCUAUUUUCCUCUUCCUGUUAGUCGUGAGUUGUAGCAACAUUUCCUCAGUUGGGCUUGUUCAUGACAAGGGCCAGGCCACAUGCACAUGGUGAUCAGGAGUUAGUGUGGUUAGCAGAAAGGGAAAAAGUCCCAGUUGGCAGGAUCAUACACGGUCGGUCACCCGACAUCCCCUGGAAAGUCCUUGAUGACUGUCAUAAAGCAGUUUGAGACAUUUCUGAAGCAGCACUGUGGAUUCUAGGAAGUCUCCUUGUUAAUCCCCCAUUUUUAUAAUCCAACACUGAUGUGGUGAGAAUGUCUGCUCAAAUGGAUCCCCCUCUAUGUUUCACAGGUUGGUUGGAGCACAGCGAGGGACUAUUACACAUUCUUGUGGUCACCUCUCCCUGAGAACUAUGUGGAGGGCACCGCAGUCAACAGAACAGUGGUCUUUCAGGGUAAGAUCAUACCACAGUUUAAUAUAAUUUUGACACCUUUUAAUGACAAGUAUUAAAGGGCGGUACACAGGAUUGUUGAUUUUUAAAGCCAAAUCUGUGAAUAGAAUACAUGAGAACAUCCCCCCUCACUUAUCAGUGGUUUGGUUUUAAUGAUAUUUCAUGUUUCGAGGUUUUUAGACCACUUUUUUGAGGAGGAAAUAGACACAAAGGGGACGAGUCAUGUCUUAUUUGCUUGUAUACUUUUAAUCACCUAGAACAGUGGUUCUCAAGUCCAGUCUUCGAGCCCCCACUGUCCUGCAUGUUUUGGAUGUUUCCCUGCUCCAACACACCUGAUUUAAAUGAUUAGCUCGUUAUUAAGCCAUUACAGAACUUGAUAACGAGCUGAUCAUUUGAAUCAGGUGUGUUGGAGCAGGGAAACAUCCAAAACAUGCAGGACAGUGGGCCUCGAGGACUGGACUUGAGAACCACUGACCUAGAGUACAACACACACACACACACACACAUAGCGAGUGCUCCAAAUUAUCAAACCACUUCACCACACAACAAUCACUUAAGGUUACAUGUAUUUGCAGUGUUAAGCUAAAUGUCGAGUUGAGUUCAUAUUUUACAGUGAACAUCUUUUUCUUCGCAUCUUGUGCUGCUAUAACUUUAUAUAACAGUUACAUUGUCACUCCUCCACAGGAUAUUAUGUGCCCAACGACGAUGGCGAGUUCUACCAGUUCUGUUAUGUGACCCACAAAGGGGAGAUCCGUGGAGCAAGCACGCCGUUCCAGUUUCGUGCCAACAGCCCCUCAGAGGACGAGCUGCUGACCGUGGAAGAUGAAUGCAACUCUGAUAUCCUUGUGGUCACCACCAAGGCCGGCUUCCUCGAGGUAGAGUUCAAACCUGCGCUAUAAACUACAAGAACAUUAAUAUUAGACCUUUUUGGUAACUCUUAUGUCCUUUUUAACCCUCAGUUCAUAGAUGUAUUUAAAUAAAAAUGAAAAUAUUGUUUAUGUGUUUAUUUUACUGUUCCAGAAACUUUGUUUUUUUGGAGAGAGAAAUCUUUAUUUCUCCAUGUGGGUUUGAUAAUAAAUAUUUGCUAUGAAUCGUCUUGAACAUUUUUGAACACUUAAUCUCACUGUGCAGCAAAAGGUGGAGGAAGCCCAGAGAGAGAAAGAGGAGCUGGUCAAAAACAUGGCCCACCUCCAGCAGGAGAAGGAGCAGCUGGAAGCUGAGAAGGAGAGCCUGGAGAAGAAGUUUGAACAGGAGAAAGAAACUUGUGCUCAGCUGAGGAGAGAGAACCAAGUAAGAGGAAAAAGGCUGAACACUUUUUUUGUCGACAGAGGUGUGCCAGCAGUGACGAGUGGGGAAUGUUUGUUUCAGCUGUAGACAUGUCAGAGAAGCAGAAAGCCCUGCUCCAUUAUUACUGUACUUUAGUUAGCUAUUUGAGUUUCCUUUUUUUUCUUGAAGAGCAUAAGCCGCUCAAGUAUUUUGAUUAUAUGGUUAUGACUAUUGUUGGUUCAUAAAGUUACAGCAAAGACAGUUUUUCACUAAGCCAAGUAGUCUCUUAGCACCCCCUAGUGAAAGAUGGCAAACAUGCAGAGCUACUUUAACUCAUGAUGCCUUCAAAGUAUAAAUCACAGGCUGACAGAUAUGAAUGUCUGUAUUAUCAGAGUUGUUAUUCAGCUUUUAUAGUGUAGCAUUAAGUCUUAAAGCAGUGUAAGUCAUAAUCCAUAUAGCUGUCCUCUGCCAUAAAUCCGCUCGCUCUGAAAUGGCCUUCAGAUGAAAACAUGAUUACAGAUUUUGCGGCUGUUAAUUUUAUGACUGUACUUUUAUACGAUUUUUUUAUGUGGUGUGAAUAUAAAGAUUCCAAAAUUCUGUCUAUAAACAAACCAUAAAAAUGCUUUCCUUUUGCUCUUUUGAAGUCCACGUUUCAAUUUGAAAACUCUUUAGAGGAGGUUUAAUAAACAUUUUGACUCAGACUUGCAUUUUAAUGACAGUAAACUUUUUAUGUUCACACACUUUUUCGACAAACUGAGAGUCAAAGACAGAAAUGUAGAGUAGUUUUCUAGAGAGAAAUCAUCUAGAGAGAAAUCUUUUUUUCUCUUACUGAUUGAAAUUAACCUGGUUUAUAAUUACGUUGACAAUUCAUUCAGCAAUUGGCACACUUCUUCGUUCCUCUUUUAUCUUUUAUGAGGUUGAAUUUUAUCUUUUUCUCAAACUACAUUUUAAUGUCUCUUAGGAGGUUCAGAAUUCUGCCCAUGCCCUCCAGGAGGAGAAGGAAGAAGUAAAGAGGAGGCUGGAUGAGGCCACAGCCAGAGUCAUACAGCUUGAAGAGGAUUUGAUUGGAGUCACCCAGAAGGGUCUACAGAAGGAAACUGAGCUGGACGGGUGAGGCCAGGAUAGCAGUGUUACUAUUACACAUCCCAUUAAAUUUACAGAUGUUAAAUUCUAUUAAAAAAAAAUCAUGGAAGAUUUAAAAAAUGAUAAACUUGUAUUAAGAUUGUCAGUAUUUUUGUUGUUGUCCUAACAACAACAAAAAAAUUAAAAAAGUUUAACCAUUUGAAUACCAUCAUGAGGGUCGAUCUAUAACACUGGUUUAAGAAGAUGCAUAUUAUCUACCUGUGUAGUUAAAAUUCAACUGUUGCUAAGACAAAAUGGGGGGGGGGAGUUUCUCUUUCUAAUUCUAUUUAUUCAUUUCAGCAGCCUGUUUUAUGUGUGGGUAGAGCAUAGAAACAAACACACCCCCUUAAUACAUUAACGGUCAAUAAUCACUUAUUCCAAACACUGUAUGUGACAGUAGUCACUGCAAGACUGACACAGAUCUAGAUUAACAGUUUUGUUGUCUUCUCAUCAGUCUGAAGGAUAGAGUGAAGAAACUCACAGCAGAGAAGGAUGCACUUGAAUCUCAUCUCAAGAAUGAGAAAGAUGAGAAGGAGCUGUAUAAGGUAAUCACUUUGUAAUAUAUUUGUUUAUUUUUACAUUCCCUCCAAAAGUUGCACUCUGAAAUCGUUUCUUUCGUUUCAAUUCUUAAAAUUCACCACAUAAAGAAAAACAACAAAAUUAGGUUCUGGCGCCUCAGGUUAAAAGCUUGAUCCAGGGCAGUGAGCCUAGCCGUGGUUUAGUUGACGGCUGUAUCAGGGAAAGUUUUACACCCGCUUCAUAUUAGAUGCCUCAGAGUUGGAGGUCCAGUUCAUUGACUUUUCCUGUUUUUUACUUUUUACUACUGUGAUUAUUCCACAAACUCUCACCCAAACAUUUAGUCUAAACAGGGCAUGUCUUAUUUUGUCGUCCUCUGGUCCAUCUGGUGUUUGUGUGUCUUUGUUGUGGUGGGCACCACACAGGAACUGGGAGUGCCCACACUGAACUGUCGCCUAGGAAAUGGAGCCAAAAACCCAUACUUAAUUUAACUUGCACCAUCACACCAGGGCUUUUGCAGAAGAAAACUUUAUGGGCCUAUCUCGAUCUCUGUUUUGUAAUUGAGGUCAUGCAACAUUUGUUUUAAUAGUCAUAUGCUCUUUGGUACAUGAUCGCAAUCGGGGUCGAAUGAAUGAGGCAAAGGCCAAUAACUGUGUGUUUUAUAACUUCGCUUGUGUUUUAUAACUUCUGUGUGCCCUGGUGGGCAUGUGUUUCUCUCUCUUUCUGUGUGUGUGUGUGUGUGUGUGUGUGUGUGUGUGUGUGUGUGUGUGUGUGUGUGUGUGUGUGUGUGUGUGUGUGUGUGUGUGUGUGUGUGUGUGUGUACACCAGAUUCACCUGAAAAACCGAGAGCUGGAGAACACUAAGCUGAGUGCAGAGCUGCAGAUGCUCAAAUCUGUGGAUGUGAACAAGGAAAACACCAUUGCCCAGUUUAAAGAGGAGGUGGGACGUCUACAGGCCUGCCUCACCGACAAGGAGAAACAGUACAGAGAGAUCAUGGCCAAAGUUUCCCCUUUGGUACAAAGAUUUUUUUACAUCAAAACUUGACAAACUUAUAAACGCAGAAACGAUUUAUCACUCACAGUUUUUAGCUGUAGAAAUUAUUACAGGAUCUGAUCAUUUGGAGAUUGCUAAUUGUAAGAAUUUAAAAGUAACUACAUAAUGGAAAGAUAUUCUGUUAAAACUUGUUUGUUUCUGGCAGGGAGAUAUGAAGGCACUGAAGGAGCAGCUGCGGCAGAAGGAGGAGCAGCUCCAGGCUAACCAGCAGCAGUCCUCUUUGUUAGCUGCUGAGCUGAGGGAUGCCUCCAGCACUCGCGACCGUACCAUGUCUGAACUCUACCACAUGAAGCUAGAGGCCGAUGCUCUCCGCCAGGCCAAAGCUGACGCUCAGGCCCAGUGUGUCCGCCUGGAACGCCUGGUUGAGCAGAUGAAGGCAGAGGCCAAGCAGGAAGCUGUAAGGAUGACUAUAAAUCAUCAGGAUAUAUUGAAUAACACUGAAAACACAGUUAAAAGAAAGAACAAUAAUUACAUCCCAAAUAAAAGAUUUUAAGUAACAAGAUAUUAAAAGUUAAUCUGCUCUCUCUUUUGGUUAUAAUCUCAUUCAUAAUAUCUGUCAUUUUAACCCUAAUAGUAUAAUUAGUUAUUAUCACAAUGACAAGGUUUUUUUUUCUUACCUCAGAACAAUUAUACUGAAAGAUUCUUUAUCAUGACAGUGCUAUUUUAUUUGCCACACUUUAUCCUGGACAUGGUGCAACAACAUCACCUUAGAAGUUCUCCUAACAGAAGGUUUCACUGCUAUCUAUGACAAAGGCUGUAAUUCUCUACAGUUCUUAAACCUCAACAGUUCCAGCAUAAAUCAAAACUCGAGCUUGAACUUGAGCCACACGUUUGUUCAUCAAAAUUAUACAUACAGCACAUAUAUUUGUGAAAGAAAAAUCACGAGAGGAUUUCUUGAACCGUUUACUGUGUUUGAAGUUAUAUCUUUUAUUUUUUUUUAUUUUUGUCACCAGGCCAAAGCGGAGGAAGAAGCGACUGCAGACCCGGCGGUUGUAGCCGAGCUGCAGAGGGAAGUGGAGGACCUGAAGCUGCGUCUACACAUGGCAGCAGAACACUACAAGGAGAAAUACAAGGAAUGUCAGCGCCUGCAAAAACAAGUGCUGAGACUCUCUGAACAGCAAGGGGUAAGUCCAACCAGAUACCACAAGACAUGAUAUACUUACUUGUCCCCGACAAGUGAAAGAACAGAACCGGCAUUAGAUGACUGUAACAUUAUGUCUCCCUGUCACACACCACUAAACUUGACAGACCGAGCCAACUAAGAUGUAUUACAAAACUCUCUCAGAUUGGAAAAAUUCAUCUUGAUCAGCAUCAAAUUCAUGAACACAAGUGCAAUUAGAUGUCUCCUCACCAAAUUCACACAGAACUGUUCUUAUUUUUACCAACAUUUUUCCUGGGAUCCUUUUUGUUAUAAAAUCAUCUCCAUGUUGGUUCAUUGUUUCUUUCGGGCUUCAUGUCGCAUUUAGAGCAAAUUUUCUGACACUUCACAUUGUCUUUUCCAUAGGACCUGAAAAGAUCUUCAGCUCAGGAGGCCACAAUAAUCCCUGCAUCAGGGAGUCCAGAUACAUCAGUGCCAGGUAAAUUAUUCUGCAAUUGUGCAAUUUUCUAGGUCUAGCCUUUCAUUUUGGUGGUUUGUAGUCAAUUGAUGAUCAUAAGUUAGAUGUUCGUGUAUGCUGAUAUCUAAACAUUUUUUAAAGAAAGUCAUAUAAAGUGCCUGAUUAGGUGCUAUAUAUCCAUUUUAUUGACUGACAUAUCAAUCAUCGGUAAUGUCAUACACCUUCAACUGUAUAGACCAACGUAAUAUAUGACCUGCUUUUUUGUCUUCGCAGGGAGCCCAGGUUCUGCUGAUCCUAUGUUGGAAGCCAUCAUCCAAGAGAAGCUCAAAGGCAUCAGCAGAGAGGCGUCCGACAGGAACGACAAGUACAGAAAAUGCAAGCAGAUGCUGGCGGUAAAAUACAAAUUAUGAACAUUCUUCCAUUGAUUGUGUUUCCGAACCUGAAAGUUAAAGACUUGUGUUGACCAAAAGUUUGAUAGACGGCAUUAAGUCUGCACUAUAAAAGACGAAUCCCGUGUUUUUUGAUGUUUGUGAACUCAUUAGGAGGAGAAAGAACGUAGCUGCAUGUUUGCUGAUGAGCUGGCAAAGAUGGAGGUGAAAUUUAAGGAACAACUGAAGACCAAUGAGAACCUGAAACUGCAGUUGGCAGCAGAGGAAGAUCGCUACAAGGUCAGCUCCUCAGACAAACAGUUCAGGAUACAGACAUUUUAUCCUUUACUCAGGUUGUUCACAAGCAGUUAAGGCUCUGCUGUUCAGAGCAGGUCUGUUUUUGGACUCUUUCUCUACGUUGUUACCUUGGAGUUUGGCUGGUCUAGCUCAGCGUGCAACCUUUAAUGCCAACUCCUCUCUUGAGCACAGUUGCUCUGACAGUGUUGUUUAUGAGCAGGCCAAUCUGUGAGACGACUUUUUACUACUGUUUAUGUCAAACUGUGCAGACAAGGGUAGCUCGGCUCUGAAGAGCCAUCUCCAGUUGCCUGGCUAAUGCUGUACUUGGCUCAGGUCAGGCGGAUAUUUUCUCAGUGUCUUUAAGGAAUUCAAACAGGUUGUUUUGCUGCGAGUGGUUUCGUACAUAAAUCAGUCCUCUGCAAAGGAGAGCCUUUUACGGCUGUGAUCAAUUAAUGUCAGUUUGAGAGUUUUUCAAUGAUGUAGUUUUCAAUCAAAAUGUCAGAUGUUGUAGAAUAAAAAUUAAUGUUCAUUUUUCUGUUCAUUUCUUUUUUUCCUUCUUCAGAGCCAGGUAGCCGAGAAGGGACGAGAGGUGAAAGAACUGAAGGACACACUAUCGCAUGUUGUUAAGGAGAAGGAAAAACUAGAGGGGGUGAGUGAGAGCUUUCAUUUCUGCUUUUAUAGACCUUGCCUGCCCUGAAAAUUCCCUGAAAAGUGCCAUUUUCCCACUCUCAAUCUGGUCUGUUUUUAAUAUGCUUCUAAUUGCAGAAGCAAAGUAAAUGAGUUCUUAUUUUCCAUUCCAUUACUUUGGACCGCAGGAAGGUCCUCGCUGACCUAAAAUGUUACUUUAAGGUAAUGCAGUUCGUGCUGUGAGGAGCACAAUGACCCAAUUUGAGGUUUAGACUGUAAAUUAAAUUGGCGUCUGCAACUAACCUCAAUAAAACACAGAGUCCCAUUCCCUUUGAAAACAAGAAGAGUCUCUGCUUUAAUGAAGGCACUAAUUAAAAUGUUUGUGUGAGCACAAGGGAAAGCAAGGAGUCACGGCUCUUGAAAAGGAUUUUGUAUGACUUGCUAUGACAGAUUUGGAGAUAAAGAAUGAUGAAAUCUGACAUGAUUUGGCUUCUCAAAUAAAACAUACUGUUGCCCAUGAUGAUAUUUGUCACUGUGCAAAAUUUUGAUUAAUGCUGCUGUUUCUCUCCUGCAGGAUCUCCAGAAGGGCAGCAGCAGCAAGAAGGGGGAUCAGGGGCCUGGUGAGAAAACCAGUCCAGGUAUUACACAGUCCAGUGUGCCUUUAUUCCUGCAGUACCCUGUCCCUUACACCCAGGAUGCCCCCACCCCUCUGCUGGUCUCUCAGAGCCCCAGCAAGCUGCAUUAUGGAAACCCUUAUUCCAUCUCAGACUCUAAAGGUUAGUGUCUCUUUUUUAAGAGAUAACACAUUUCUUAUGGUUAUUGAAAACUACAGACAUGAAUGAUUAGUUAAAGGGAUAUUCUGGCGUACAAUUAAUGUAUGGUCAAAGACACCCCCCAGUUAGACACCCCCAUGGGGAAUGAAUGUUACCGACCACUUACUUCUCUAGUAAUACCAACUUUAGUAACAACCGCAGGAUAGCAAUACACAGCGGUUUGAGGAGCCUCACACAAACCAUAACCAAAAAGCCACUCUAUAGCCACAAAUAAUGCUCAGAACAGCACCUAACUUCAUCAACAGUACAAAGAGAGUCCCAGCCAUAGUACUAGCCACCAAACAUCUUUUUAACUUUGCCUGAAUUCUUUAGCAAAGAGCCUAAACACAACUCACCUACUCUCUUCCAGCAGCUGCUUGUUUGUAGCGAGACCAAGCCAGUUCAUUAUGGACUACAGCAGGGUGACACAGCUCAAGGAAGAACAUUUAUGAGCAUUACUUGAUCAUUUCCUCAAAGUAAUAAUCAUAUUAAUCAUUUUGCACUGCAGACACAGUAGUUCUUCUGCUUUAGCAUCUCGGUCUUAUUGAAUUUCCAUGAAGAAAUGAUCAUAAAUGUUCCCCCUUGAGCUGCAUCACCCCGCAGCCGUCCGUAAUGGACUGGCCCAAGGUCUCGCUACAAACAAGCGGCUGCUGGAAGAGAGUAGGUGAGUUGUGUUUAGUCUCUUUGCUAAAGAAUUCAGGCAAAGUUAAAAAGAUGUUUGGUGGCUAGUGCUGUGGCUGGGACCCUAUAUGUACUGUUGAUGAAGUUAGGUGCUGUUCUGAGCAUUAUUUGUGGCUAUAGAGUGGCUUUUUUUGUUGAGGUUUGUUUAUGGCUCCUCAGACCACUGUGUGUUGCUAUCCUGCUGUCGUUACUAAAGUUGGUAUAACUAGAGAAGCAAGCGGUCAGGAACAUUCAUCUCUCGAGGGGGUGUCUAACUCUGUGUUACAGUGUGUUUGACCCUUAAUUGAUUUUACGCUGUAAUAUUCCUUUAAACCAUUUUCCUGUAGAUGAGGAAGAUGAGGAGUUCUCAGAUGACCAGCUGCUCAGGCUGCCUCCUGUAGGCCCACCCUCCUGGGACAGCAACGUGGUGUGUAUCCAGCCAACACGCAGCCGGCCAGAAGGCCAUGAGGAGUCCGAGGAGAAGCAAAACAAUAACAACAAUGUAAGCCACUCAAACAUUCAGCUGUGUGCGGAACAAGCAAGGUCUAGAAAAUGUUGACUAGGGGUGCAUCUCAGAUCAGAGGGGGUGCACAUGCCUGGCACGUUAUUCAACACUAAAUUAUGCAUUUUCCCGUCAUUGCAAGCGGAAUGAAACUAGUCAAACAAGAAUAUUUAAAAUGUCUUUCAUAUGCUUUAUUGUAGCAAAAUUGUUGUAGAAAAAGGAAAUGCAGAUGUUUCUUACCCUGAAUUUUUAACAUAGAAAUUCAAACUAUUUUUAACUAUACAGCUCAAAACCAUCACUAAACAUGACAGUCAUUUCAAGUGGAAUUCUACCAGUCAAAAAAGAAUAUUUUAAAGGGAACCUGCCACCAAAAUUUUAUACCCAUUUUUAUCAUUUUUUCAUAAUCCUUGAUGUCCUCUGAUCAUGUUUGCAACAUAAUUUUAGCUGAAAAGUUAUUUGAUGGUUUGUUUUAGUAUGCCUAAAAAACCUUACAGGAAAACCAACUGGUUUUGGCUCAUUAACAUUUAUGGUAAUGAGCUUUGCUCUGAUUGGAUCGCUGCUGUGAAGCCUGCUGUGCUCUGAUUGGCUCAGCAGUGGAGGUUCGGAUUUCGGUUUAUCCAUUGUUAUUAUGCUAAUGCUAAUAGCAUAUGCUAAUGUGUGCUAAAGUAAGGUGCCCAGAUGUCUGUAAUGAUAUCCGGGGAUAUUCGGUGCGGCGGCGGCGGUGCAGGGGCUGUGUGAUCACAGACAAAGUCUCGGUACUAUUUAGUAGCAGCGCAUGCCCCUUGUAAUAACCCCCUUAAAAACUGUUGUUCAGGACUGCUAACUAAAUUCGGCUACUGUAAUAACCGUUGUUCGAGCCCACACGCAACAUUUUUGCUCUCAUUCAUGAAACGCUUAAAUCGGGGACAGUUUUUGCCGGGGACAGGUCAUCCAAUACGGGGACUGUCUCCGGAAAUCGGGGACGUCUGGUCACCUUAUGCUAAAGGCUAAAAACGGCAGGUAUUAAACCAUAUAUUUUAGACCCCGAGUCCGAAGAGGAGGUGGAAGUUGAGGAAGAAGCCGGAGAUCUUCAGCGGUGUUUUCUCAUUCAUUCUGCCCAGCUUUAAGUUCAUUUUCCCGGCAGUGAACCCAAGGAAGGCAGAUGAGUGAUGUGCCCUGACGCGCGCGCACUUCUCCCUCUUUCCGGCUGAGCAUGCAGCCACAUAAACUGAGGGUGCAAUGCAUGCUUAUUCACCCCCGUAGAACCGGGCCUGGGAACAAGACUUCUUUCUUUUUUUAUGUUGAAUAAAUUCAGAGGAAAACAUGUAUUGUUUUUCUUUCUUUUUCAGGGUAAUGCUGACGAACAGCCUGCAGCAACUGAAACACACAGCCCAUUUGUGAACGAUGGACAAACUGCCUUCUGCUUUGAUCCCAGGUAACACACCCUUGCACACCCUAAACUCUCAUAAAGGCUGUAAAAUUUGCUGCACCCUACAUUUCUAAAACCUGCGCAUUGUGUAAUGUGUAAAGUGUUUGUUCUUCUGCACAGCCCCUUCUUGUUGGAAUUAGUCAGGCAGCAGGCCACCCACAUCGCAUCAGACAGAUGCUCUUUAUUAAGCCUGCACUCCUGGUUUGCCCACAUCAUCACUUCCCUGCUUAUUAACCCGAGCUUUCUCUCCCUGCUUUCCUCUUCCCAUUUCAGCAUGGACAUGAAGCGAUGUCCGCUCUGCGAGGUGAUCUUCCCACCAAACUACGACCAGAGCAAAUUCGAGGAGCAUGUUGAGAGCCACUGGAAAAUCUGCCCAAUGUGCAGCGAGCAGUUCCCGCUGGACUGUGACCAGAAGGUGUUUGAGAAUCAUGUGCUCACUCACUUUGAUGGCCAUCCGCUCAACUUCGACUAAAGAACCGGAAAAAUCAGCACAUCCGAUCUGCCUACUUCCUGUCGCCACUGAAAUAAAUCUCUCUGCACUCUUUUCUGCAUGUAAUGGUGUGAAGAUUCAGUCUUUAGGACUAAAUCGACUUUCGCUUUGUUACUUCAGCUUAGAGAAAAACAUUGAAGUGAUGUGAGAUUUUAAAAAAAUACUCUAAUUGGGUGAACUGGACAGGGCCUCUGAAUCUGUCUAUUGAUCAGAGCUUUUUUAUUACAGGUGAAAGUUUUCCCUUCAAUCGAAGAAUAAUAAUAAGACUAAUUUUAGGUGGAUAAGACUGUUUUAAGAACAUUUACUGACUUUAAAUUGACUCAGCUGUUAGACUGCAGGAUGUAACGAAUCAGGGAAAGAGAUACGUGUUUACCAAACUUACAUUUAAGACAUCCAACCAGCUGGUUCCCCUCUAAAACAUCAUUGUUCACGUCAUAUGCUCAUUCUUUAUAGAAAGCAGCCUUGGUGCACUGUAUGCAGUCAGGGAGAACCUUCAGUGAUUAUACAGUAUAUCAUCAGAUCAUCUAUUUUAGAAUAAUUAAAGCCAAUGAUAUUGUAAAAGCCUUGAUUCUUUGUGUAUGACAUAGGUUUGUGUUUCAUUAGGUUUCCUUGGUUUUGAUUAUUUAAUUGUUUUUUUUUGUGUGUGUCUUAAAGAACCAUAACAUCAUCAGCUAAUCAGUGCAUGCUGAGCUUCUGUUGAUCUUCCUUCUUUCUGUUCCUCUCUUUUAAAGCAUUAAGUUAUUUUACUCAUAGUAACGUCUCAUUUGUUAAGUGAGUUCCAUGUACCUACUAUAAACCAAUAAAGUCUGUUUGAAACCGACUCGUGUCCUGAUACAGUUGAUCAAACAGGGUCUGUCAGUCACAAAUAUCAGAAAUUUUUAUUCAACGUAACAAAAGUUGACAUGAAGCAGCUUUUUGAAGAAAGACAGUACAUCGACCAUUUCUCCAAACGAUCCUUGAGUCUGCCUGUUUAUACAGAUUAUACUUUUAAUUUUGAACUCCAGAGACAUAUGAAAAUAUAAUUUAAAGCACUUAACACUUCACAAUACAUUCACUGUACACUAUAUCAAACACUUUUCCUCCAAACUGGCAGAACAAUACUGUCACAAUUCUUGGUUGGACUGCAGUUUCUUGAUACAAACAUGCAGUGAGGAUGUUACCUGAUGGCUUGUUAAAUUCCUGAUCCUGUUUUGUUUUAUCAACCAGGGAUUUCAUGUAAAACAUACCCUCAACUGAUAUAUUUUAUGGCACAAAAUCAGAGCUGGGUUUCUGUCUUCCAAACAUCAAAACUGCAAGAAACAAAAUGUGCUAAAUACAUGGUUAAUGUUGACUCCUUUCCAUUUAAGAGACCAGGGAGUUAAUAAAAUGCAGAAAUCUGAAUUGUGAAGUCUGUCUCAAACUGUAUUUAUGGAAACAUUCAUAAUGACACCAUAAAAAAUCCUGUAUGAUUGGAAUGAUUUACAAAUGAAGGCAUCUACUGUACAUAAAAGAAAUCUUAAAAUACUGCACACACCGGAGGUUUGGUCUACACAAUCCCUGGGUGCAUGUCAAACCUCUGCACUGUGGGCCGUCACCCUUGUUUUGGUAGUCACUGUACAUACACCAAAAACAAGAUCUUGGCGAAGAAAUGCUAUAUUGUUGGCAACUAGUCACAAAAAGUGCUUCAAUCCCUCAUGGUAAAAUAAAGAGGGAAACAUCUGAAAUAGUCUGAAACGUUUCUAGAAAAAACAAAAGCAAUGAUGGACAGUUUCCACAAUCUUGCAGAAACAUGACCAAAACAGUUGGGGCAGGUUUGUGGAGCUGAAAUACUUUUGCAAAUGUCACCUGAGAUCAUCCUUUGGUGCUCACACAAACAUAGGCAGUAAAACAGAUCAAACGAAGGAGAAACAAAAACUGUGAUAUGAAAGUAAAUGUCAGAAGAUGAGAACUGAAAAGGGAACUUAAAUUACCAACUUGUAUUUCUUAUGUUAUACCUUGUAGACAUUCAGAUUUUUGCUCCUGCAGUAUAAAAAGAUGAGUCAGAGGCAACUAACUGUGCCCUUCUUUUAAAACAAAUAAAAUAAAUACAUUAAAAAAAAUCAGUCCUUUGUUUCAUACUGCCUUUGAAGCAGGACACCCUGCUGUACAUGCAAGGCUGCUUGUGACUCGAUGAGGCCACUUCUGUCAUAAAACAUGCUCUCAUCAUCAGUGAGCAGCAUGAACCAACAGAAAUCACAUAAAUGAUAGCUUGAAUGUGCAAAAUACAAAACUGUGGAGAACACAACAAUUUAACAUUCUUAAUAAAACAAAGAAUGAAUAAUAGUAAUAAUACAUUUACAACAUGCAAUCAAAAAUAGUGUCUUAACAAAGUGGUUUAAGAAAGAGAAAGAGUUUCAGGGUGAGGGAAGUAGGAAUGAGAAAACAGCCGUUGCUGGUGAUGGUGGAGAUCAGAUGGUCGGGGAGUUUCCUGAAGAAGAAGAAGAAGAAGAAGAAGAAGAAGAAGAAGAAGAAGAAGAAGAAGAAGAACGCCGGUCACCCACUCAGUCUCUACUGCUGCAUCUUCCUAAUAAGGUCAGUAGAGAUGGGCGGGUGGAAGUUGAUGGUGUGGUGGCGGAGACCCUGAGAUGUUUUGUAGCUUUUCCCACAGCGGCACUUGAAGGGUUUGCGUACCCUUAUCUGGGUUCGAUGGCCGUUUUUGGCGUGAUACUUGAUCCCAUUCACAUUCUGUAAUAAAGACAAAAAAAUGUAACAUCCAAU